CGCCCGUCAGUCGCGGGAUAGGCAGACCGACGGAAGUUUGUGGGAGAUGGGCUGAAAGUCCAGCACAGGCAGAGCGAAUACUGCUGCACAGGAGUUUCACAGCUGCUUAUAAGUGUGGUAAUGCUUAGUUUCAGAAAUGCCGUACGUAGAUCGUCAGAAUCGGAUCUGUGGCUUCCUAGACAUAGAGGAAACGGAGAACAGCGGCAAGUUUUUACGACGCUACUUCAUUCUGGACACGCUGGAGGGCAGCCUGGUGUGGUACAUGGAUAACCCUCAGAAUCUUCCAGAAGGCACAUCCAAUGUCGGCUCCCUCAAACUAACAUAUAUAUCCAUGGUUAGCGAUGCCACCAAAUUGCGACCAAAGGCGGAGUUCUGCUUCGUCAUCAAUGCUGGAAUGAGGAAGUUUUACUUGCAGGCGAACGAUAAGCAGGAUUUAGUGGAGUGGAUAAGUGCACUCAACAAUGCCACCAAAAUCACAGUGCCGAAGUCAUGCGAGCAGGUGGCUCAAAAUACAGCAGAAGCAUGUGUGGACACAUCAGGUGCCACGAAACAAGUGUCCUACAAGACCGAAAUCAUUGCAGGAGUGCCCAUCAUCACCACCACACAGGAAAAGGGUGAAGGUCAGAAUGGUGCAGACAGGAGCGGGAUAAGGAAACCUCCUGGCCAGCUGCCGUUUUACCUGAGCCGGAGUAAUCAAGACCAGUCAGUCAUUAAAGCUGGAUAUUGUGUCAAACAGGGAGCUGUGAUGAGAAACUGGAAAAGGAGAUACUUCAUGCUGGAUGACAAUACACUCAGCUACUUCAAAUCAGACAUGGAGCGAGAGCCAUUACGGGUUAUUCCUCUGAAAGAAGUGAACAAGGUGCAGGAGUGUAAACAAAGUGACUUGAUGAUGAGGGACAAUCUUUUUGAACUGGUUACUACCUCAAGAACUUUUUAUAUUCAGUCGGACAGUCCAGAGGAGAUGCACGGCUGGAUCAAGGCUAUCUCUGGGGCCAUAGUGGCCCAACGGGGUCCUGGACGCUCUGCAGCCUCUAUGCGUCAGGCCAGGCGGCUCUCAAACCCUUGUAUACAGAGGUAUACAUCCUGCAAUGGUGAAUGCAGCACGAGCACGCUGAACCCACCUCCGUCUUCUACUGCAUUGAACAGAGUCUCGCAACUCCUCGCUCACCCCUCCCCACCGAACUCCAUUACCCAGAAUGCCGUUCCCCCACGGGCCCUCAGCAUGGCGUGGGAGGGGCCAGACCUGAGCAGCCUGCGGCCGGGGCCAAGAACGCGCCUGUCGCUUCAGGAGUCGCCCCAAAUCUUCUUCAAGUAAACGCUGACAACUCAUCGCCAUGGCAACUGAGAAGCGGCAUAACGCAGCCUCCGGAUUGCCCAAAAGAUGAAGGCCUGCAUGUUACCCGGGUGUAAAGAUGUACUUGGUAUAUUACACACACAUAUUACAAAAAACUAUUAAUGUCAAAAGCUGGACAGGGACUCGGGAUGAAUGUGAAUCGAGCCCAGUGCACCAUGGGAUUUGGAGUUUUCCCUGAUCAUUCUCAAGUCUUUUAAAGAACUGCACACUAUGAAACAAGUUCAAACCAGAAAAUUCAGUCAGACACAAAAAAGAUGCUGAUACCAAUACCUGAUUAUUUACUUGUUACGACCAAUAACCAAUAUUAUGGUUGAUAUCAUAAAUCUGUUGUUUUUUUCCUGUUUUUAAAUCUAUAAUUCCAUGUAGACAAAGUGAAUUCAGUGAAAUCAAGCAUCAAAACACUUAAUAUACUGACUUUUUGCUGUUUACUUUUGCAAGACUAUAUGGUUCGUAUGGAAGCCCGUUUCUGCCACUGAAUAAAAAAGAAAAAGGUAAUUGCGUUUUCAGAAUUGUGUGAUACUAAUUCGCAAUAAAGUCGCAAUUCACAGAAAUAAAGUCUCACAUUUCUUUUCUCUGAAUUGUGAGUUUAAGUCAGAAUUGUGAGAUGUAAACAUUUGAAAAUAUAUUAGUCUUUUCUUCCCCCUCAAAAUUGGACGUUAUACCUCCUAAUUGCAAGUUUAUAUCUCACAAUUCUGAGACAAAAAAUUUAGAAUUCGAAAUUGCGAGGAAAAAAAAAAAGUCCGAAUUGUGAGUUUUUAUCUUGCAGUUCUGACUUUAUUUCUUGCAAUUAGAAGUUUAUAUUAUGCAGUUCUGAGAAAAAAAAGUCAGAAUUAUGAGUUUUUGUCUCGCAGUUUUAACUUUAUAACUCGCAAUUGCGAGUUUAUAUCUCAGUUCUGAGAAAAAAAGUCAGAAUUGCAAGAUACAAACUCGCAAUUGCAAGAAAAAAGUCAAAAUUAUAAGUUUUUAUCUCGCAGUUCUGACUUUAUUUCUCGCAAUUGUGAGUUUAUAUCAUGCAAUUCAAAAAAACUUAAACUCAGUUUUUUAACACACACCUAUUUACAUUUAUUUUGAUGUAUUGACUAACAGUUUAAAGUACGACAGUGUUUUAGUGCCAUGUUAAAAAAUAUGUGAUUACGAGAUUAAAAUCGCAAUAAUUUGAGAAUAAAUUCAAAAUUAUGAGAAUAAUGUUGAAAUGUUUCGAAAAAUAAGGUCAAAAUUAUGAGUAUAGCCUGUGCGUGCAAAUGGCCUAGAGUGGGUGCACCGGGAGAAGUUGCUAGGCCACUGUAAUUUAUUUGAAUUUAUUUGAAUUAUUAGCAGAAAUCAUACUGUGUUAUACUCGCAGGGACAGUAUGCUGGGAAAUAAUAUUUCACUUCUUCGAUUGCAUUCAUUAGGCCUAUUUGUAGUGCACCAGCCACCCAAUAAUAGCAAUAAGCUUUGUGCUUUUGGUAUUUUUAAUAUAAAACAAAGUCUCAGCUUUCAAAAUCUGUUUUAUAAUGCAGUACAAACAAUGUGUCUUGCAAUAAUGGUUUUUUCAACGCUCUUUAAUGUGGCUUUAACAUCAAAAGCAGAACAGGGACUUGGGAUGAAUGUGAAUCGAGCCCAGUGCACCAUGGGAUUCAGAGUUUUCCCUGAUCAUUUUCAAGGCUCUUAAAGAACUGCUCACUAUGAAACAAGUUCAAACCAGAAAAUUCAGUCAAACACAAAACAAGUUGCUAAUACCAAUAGCUGAUUAUUUACUUGUUACAACCAAUAAACAAUAUUAUGGUUGAUAUCAUAAAUCUAUUGGUUUAUUUUUCCUGUUUUUAAAUAUAAUCUAUAACUUUAGACUCACAAAACUCGCAGUUCUGAGAAUAUAUUAGUCUUUCCCCCCUCAGAGUUGGACUUUAUACCUCUUAAUUCCAAGUUUAUAUCUCACAAUCCUAAGAAAAAAAUGUCAGAAUUGUUUUUUUGUUUUUUGCAGUUUUGACUUUAUAACUCGCAAUUACGAGUUUAUAUCUCAAUUCUGACAAAAAAAAGUCAAAAUUGCAAAAUACAAACACUCAAUUGCAAGAAAAAAGUCAGAAUUGCGAGAUGCGAGUUUUUAUCUCACAAUUCUGACUUUAUUUCUUGCAGUUGCGAGUAUCAUGCAAUUCUGAGAAAAAAAGUCUGAAUUGUGAGUUUUUGUCUCACAGUUUUGACUAACUCGCAAUUGCGACUAUAUCCCAAUUCUGAGAAAAAAGUCAGAAUUGCAAGAUACAAACUUGCAAUUGCGAAAAAAAAGUCUGAAUUGUGGGUUUUUAUCUCACAAUUCUGAGAAAAAAGUCAGAAUUGCGAGAUAUAAACUAGCAAUUGCGAGAAAGUCAGAAUUGCAGGGAAAAAAUGGUAAGAAAUAAAGUUACAUUUGUAAGAAAUAAAGUCAGAAUUGCGACUACUUCUCACAAUUGCCAGUUUAUAUUUACUGAGUUAUAUUUUCAGUUUAUACAAUUCUGAGAAAAAAAGUCAGAAUUGUGAGAUAAAAAGUUGCAUUUACCUUUUUUUCAUGUUUUAUUCAGUGGCAGAAACAGGGUCCAUAGGUUCAAGCUGGAAAAUAUAUUGUUUAAAUAAAAUAAGGUAUUUAUUUUUAUUUAAAAAUGUAUAUAAUAAAAAGAACAUAAUUAAUAUUGAGAUAUUAUUAAUAAACAAUUAUUUCCAGUAUUGACUUAAUCAGACUGAUACUGAUAAAUACAUUUUACAACGCCACUGAAAUCCUUGAAUCCAUAAAUUCUGGUUUGUUUCAUUUUAACUAAUCUGGUGCUUUUUUACAUCAUUUUUUCGGGUACAGUUUAGACUUUUGUCCUACAGUAACGUAUUCCUUCUUUAGAAGCCAUUGGGCCUUGGUGGUCUUGUUUAUACUGGUAAUUGAAUUUCGUUUUCAUUGGUAAUUGAAUUUCGUUCGCAUUUCGUUUUGUUUGAAUGAUUUAUGUAUAAAGUGAAUUAGACUUUGUGUUUGACCACAACAAAAAAGACUUGCUUCUACCGAUAUGUUUUGUAUUGCUAUAGAGAGAAUGUGUUUUGUGUUAUUAUAUUUUAGUGUAAAACACACUGCCGCUCUUUGCGGUCUGUUUCUGACUCACAGCUCUCUUUUUAGUGGCACUUCUGUUUGUCAGAUGCAUGUGAACACAUGACUCUGUAUUUCUACACACAAAAACACUCCAGACAUGUUUGUUCAAGUUCGAAUUUACAAAAAGAUUCAAUUUGUUAACGUUAGUUGAUUCAUUAUAUAGGCUCUCAUGAACUUCCGAUGAAUAGUAAUUUUCCACAAUUAAGAUGAAUAUUUUUAUUAAUAUACUAUUGCCAAUUUUUAAUUCAUGUUAAUUAAAUGAAUGUUUGUACUUUAAAUGUUAACAAAUAUAUUAAUGUAUGUAGAAUUAGUAGAAGAAAAUUCAUCAAUGACGUGAGUAUUGUUUAUUGUUAGUUCAUGAUUCCUAAUGCAUGAAAUAAUGUUAGUGAAUUGAACCUAAAGUAUUACCAACAACCCACAGGCAUCCACUAAAUGCUGUUGAAUGGACCCUUUUCACAUUGAAAAUCUAGCCAAGUUAUUUUAAUUAAUAUUUUCUUAUUUCUUUUUUUCUGUAAAUGUACAUUUAUAACACUAUACUUUAUUUUAUAUUACCUUGCCAUUAAAUUAGUGUCAUUGCGCAUGAGUGUUUCUAAUACAACCGCUGAGGAAGACAUAUUACAAAUAUAACAAAUUUGACAUAUUUCUCUCUCCUGACUGCUGUAAUCAGUCUGUCUAUAUUUAUAUCCUGUUUUGUAGAAAUUCUCUUUUGCUAGUGAAGCAAAUGGGAACACAAACAUGUGAAAAGGGUCCAUGUGUUAGUAUUAGUGUGAAUGUAAACAGAGUCAGUGACCCCAAUGAUAAAUACUAUAUGUUGUUUUAUUGUGGAUUCAGAUACUGCACCAUGUUUUUAUGAUGUGUAAUGUAUGUAGUUGUCCUUGGCUGGAAAUAAUAUGAAAUUUUGAAAUCAGUCAAAAUGUUUUUGCUUUUCUUCUGGGUUGGGGUUUGGCUCAGGGUUAGUGUAUAAUACUCAGAAUUAGCUUUAUAUACAUACUGUAGCGGGAGGAGCAAACGACAGACACAGUGGGCGUGACGUCAACAUAAAAUAAAUAAAAGUGUC